AUGGCGGCAAGCCAUCGGUUCGUUUUGGGAUUUCUAACAGCAGCCAUUGCUCCAUUGGCAAAAGCCAGUAUCUGCUUAACCCUCGCGCAGAGUGGCAUUUCAAUUGAGUACCCAGUAUCUAUCGACUACACGACCGAUCUUACAGAUUACUGGUCUGCAGCAUGUGGAGACCUCAAGCCAACAUGUAUUGCCGCGCCCUCCAGUGCGACGGAAAUGGCACAGAUAAUCAUGAACCUCCAUAAUUCCAGCACAUUGUUUGCAGUGAAAUCUGGUGGCCAUAUGCCGAACGCUGGAUUUGCGAGUAUCGAGGAUGGAUUAUUGAUUUCGACAAAGAACCUGGACCAUGUGACUUAUAAUGAGGCGGAUCAGACUGCCGUUGUUGGACCUGGGCUUUCAUGGGAGGAGGCGCAGAAUGACCUCGAUAGUCUUGUUCAGGAGCGGGCUCUUGUUGGAGGGCGUAUAGGAGGCGUGGGAAUUGGAGGUUACAUGCUCGGAGGUGGAAUGAGCUUUCUCAGUACACAGUAUGGCUGGGCUGCUAAUAACGUGGCGAACUAUGAGGUUGUCCUUGCUAAUGGAACGAUCGUCAAUGCUAAUGCUACUAGUAACACCGACCUCUUCGCAGCCCUGAAGGGAUCAGGUAACAACAUGGGAAUUGUGACAGCUUAUACUAUGGAAACGCAUCCCGUUGGCAAAGUCUGGGGAGGAAACUGGGUCUUUUCAGCAGCAUCUACUCCCCAAAUCCUCGCCGCACUGCGCAAUUUUGUUGAUGACUAUCCCGAUGAUAAAGCAGCUAUCAUCCUGACUGCAGAGCACGGGGUAGGUGGACUUAUUGAUUUCUGGAUCAUGUUUCUCUUCUAUGAUGGACCCGAGCCCCCAGCUGGUGUCUUCGAUGAGUUCGAAGUUAUUGCACACACAUCCGAUACUCUGACUUGGGAUUCAUACUAUAAUCUACUUAAGUACAAUGAUUUUGCCAUCCUUCACGGCCAGCGCUAUACUAUUGCGACAGAGACAACGCCUGUUCCUAAUGCUACUGUCGGAUCUAGUGUCCUUCAAGAAUUAUAUGAUCACUGGCAUAAUGUGACCGAGUCUGUCAUCAAUGUGGUUGAUGUUAUCGGAUCAAUCGCAUUCCAACCUGUUCCCAAGACGUUCUCAGAGAAGGCCAAGGCACGUGGCGGAGAUCUCCUCGAUGUUCCUGAUGAUACAAAUUACAUCUUCAUCGAAAUGGACUUUUCAUAUGGCUUGGCAAGUGAUGAUGGAACAAUCGAUCAAGCAAACCAGAGGCUAUAUGGAGGGCUUGGUAACAUUGUUGAGGAUAAUAUCGACAAAGGUCUUCUGCCAGACGUGUACCGACCACUCUUCAUGAACGAUGCCUAUUUCCGGCAAGACUACUGGGGUCGCAUAAAUCCCGAGUCCAAAGACUUUGCGCUGAAGGUACGGGAAGAGCUUGAUCCUAAGGGGUUCUUCCAGAAGCGAACGAGCGGUGGAUGGCGAUUGGAGUAA